AUGAACUUGAAUAUAAAAAAGGAUGAAGAUGAUAAAUUAAAUAAUUUAAAUCAAGACAAGACUACUAUAUUCCAAGAGGCUAGAAUAUUCAACCAAUCACCAAUCAGUCCGAGGAAUUCAAGGAUUCUAUUGACCAAGCUGUCAUAUUUAUUGCUCGACGACAGCUUCAACAGACUAGAAUCUACAAACCUUUUCUUCUCCAUCACCAAAUUAUUCCAAAACAAAGAUCCUGCUUUGAGGCAGAUGGUUUACUUGGUGGUGAAGCAGCUAUCAAACCAGGCUGACGAUGUUCUCAUGGCCACCUCCUCGAUUAUUAAAGAUAUUCAGCCAAAUUCAAACCUCAUUUACCGCCCAAAUGCAAUCAGAACUCUCGCUGCAAUCACUCACCCUUCCAUGAUCCAAUCAUUUGAAAGGUUUUAUAAGAAUGCCAUCGUCGACAGAUCCCCCGCUAUUUCCUCCUCUGCACUCGUCUCAUCCUACCACAUCCACCCACAAGCUUCCGAUACCAUCAACAGAUGGUCAAACGAGGUGUUUGAUGCCUUGUCCACUAACCCCUCAUCUACCGCCCAAUACCACGCUCUCGGUUUGCUCUACAAUAUCCGUCAUAAAGACAGAGUCGCUAUUUCGAAACUCAUUCAGUCCCUCACCCAAUCGCCUUCCUCCCUUAGAAACCCUCUAGCCCUUUCAAUGCUCGUGCGCUACUCCUCACGCCUAAUCAAUUCCGAUCCAAACCUCUCCUCAUCCAUCCUCCCCCUAUUGGAAUCCUGGUUACGCAAUAAAUCUGACAUGGUCUCCAUUGAAGCUGCGAGAGCUAUCUGCCAGUGGAAUGGUGCUACUCCUGUUCAUCUCUCUCGUCCUGUCGCUGUUCUUCAACUCGCUCUCAGCACCCCCAACACUCCCCUCAAAUUCGCUGCCAUUCGCACUCUCAACGACCUUGCACAGAGACACCCUCUUACCGUCUCAUCCUGCAACCUCGAAAUUGAAAACCUUAUUACCGACUCUAACCGCUCCAUUGCCACUUUCGCAAUCACCACCUUGCUAAAGACAGGCAAUGAAGCCAGCGUAGAUAGGCUAAUGAAGCAAAUUUCCUCCUUCAUGCUUGAAAUUUCCGAUGAAUUCAAGGUGAUAGUGGUGGAUGCCGUCCGUACUUUAUGUCUCAAGUUCCCUAAUAAAUACCCCGCAAUGCUCGCUUUCCUCUCGCAGGCCUUACGUGAUGAGGGAGGGUAUGACUUCAAACGUGCGGUAGUGGAAGCGAUAAUCGACAUGAUAAAGGGUAUAGGCGAGAGCAAAGAGAUGGCACUGGCCCACCUUUGUGAAUUUAUUGAAGAUUGCGAGUUCACCAAGUUAUCCGUGCGUGUAUUGCACUUGCUUGGUGUGGAAGGCCCCUCUACACCCGAGCCUACCAAGUACAUUCGCCAUAUAUACAACCGUGUAGUGUUGGAGAAUGCAAUCGUACGCGCCGCUGCUGUAUCUAGUUUGGCAAAAUUCGGCACAAACGUCGCAUACGCUGCCCAACAUGUUAGACGUUCAGUUAAAGUGCUCCUCGGACGCUGUCUCGACGAUAGCGAUGACGAGGUGCGCGACAGAGCUGCCAUGUACAUGCGUAUUAUUCACGACGACGAGCUUGCCAAGCGUACGACGCACGAGGAGCACACAUGGAGUGUGGGUGUAUUGGAGAAAUCCCUCUGCACAUAUACCACAGAGCAAAAUUAUGAAGAGCCUUUCAACUCUGCCGUUAUCCCACGCAUGCCCAAGGACCAAAUCAGAUUGGAUACCCAUGUCGGUAGGUUGGGAGACCUAGGUGAGAAGCAGGGUGAGAGUGAAAAUAGCAAAAAUAACAAGGAUAACGCAACCGCUCACUCUGAAGAAUUGCUCUUAUCACACGAUGCACCUGCUUCUGCAGCGACAUCUGCACACAAUUCACAUGCCUUGUCGAGCACCACCAACAUCACGUCUAUCCCAGAAUUCGCUGGAUACGGUGCUCCAUUGCACACAUCGCCACCAGUCCAUCUCACAGAAGAGGAGACGGAGUAUGUAGUGAGUGUACAGAAGCACCUCUUCAGCGAGCAUGUAGUGUUUGAAUACCACGUGCGCAACACGGUCCCAGAGGCGGUACUUGAUGGGGUAAGUGUGUUGAUGGGUCUUGGUGAUGUGGGUGGUAGCCUGCGCGAGGACUUUAUCCUUCCCAUCGAUACACUUACAGUUGCAGAUGGCGAACGGAGUACGUACGUGAGCUACUCGUUUAUUGACGAUGAAGGUGACGGUAACGGUGACAAUGCGGGCUACCCCACUGGCGCACUCUCCAACACUCUCACCUUUACCACCAAAGAGGUAGAUCCAGAUAGUGGUAUGGUGGAGGAGGAGGGAUAUGCGGAUGAAUAUCAAGUGGAUGACGUGGAACUGGGUAUAAGUGACUAUGUACGUCCUGAGUGGGUCAGUUUCGAUGGAGAAUGGGAGGCAAUGUCGAUGGAGCACAGCGAACACAGUGAACUACGCGACUCUUUCACCCUCUCCGCUAUGGGUAGUCUACAGGAAGCUACAGACGCUCUCACCGCCCUUCUCGGUAUGAUGGCUUUGGGUGGAUCGGAUGUCGUGGGUAGCGCUCACCUCCACACUCUCCGCCUUAGUGGGUGUAUCAUCCGCGGUAGUGCUCAAGGCAAGGUACUCGCUAUGGCCAGAAUGGCUUUCGAGGAGGGUGAAGGCGUCAACCUCGAGAUGGUCGUUAGGUCACCUAAUAGCUUCACCUGUGAAUUGAUCAUGGGCGCUGUGCAGUAA